UCUAUGCUCUCAAGUAAGGCCUUCAAGUUUGCUCACCUUAUCUCAUCAGAUCAAACGGUGGAAUAAAUAUUGAACCUUCCUCUAAAUUACAGCUUACUUGAGCUGAAUAUUGAACAGUAUGUACGACUUCUAAUCAGAUUUUUAUGCCAAACUCCUGUUAAGAAUCUAAUAUCUAACAGAUUGGAUACACCAGAAGAAGGUACGACUAUAGGUUGUUCUGGUAGUCCCUGAUUCCAGGGAGUACAUGAUCGCUUUCCAACCUUCCUGGCAAGUUGUUAUAUUCAUCUGACAAUUUGAAGGGAGGGAAGAAUUAGGAAUAUUCAGUCCUUUUCUCUCAAGCAGUAGGUCAUCCACAGCUCUUUAAGGUCAUUGUGUUUCAGAAUAUAUAAAAGAAGAGUGGAGAUCAUAGUUUGCUUAUACUUUUGAUGGAUAGCAGCAACAUAGUAACCGUCCUGGAAUCCGAAGGAGUUGAGUUCCUUCUAUCUGGUGAAAGAAAGGUACCCUUGUCAGCAUGCAAUGGGAAGACAGUAUGCCUCCUUUUCUCUGCAAAUUGGUGCAGGCCUUGCAAGGCUCUGACUCCUCAGCUUGUGAGACUUUAUGAUACCCUUAGAUAUGAAGUAAAAGAUCUUGAGAUCAUUUUUGUAUCCUUCGACCACGAUGAGGACACAUUCAAGGAACACUUCAAGUGCAUGCCAUGGCUGGCAGUCCCAUUCAAUGUUAAUCUGCAUAAAAGAUUGAGUGAAAUAUACCACGUUGAUCGAAUUCCAUCACUCGUUCCAUUGAGUUCAGAUGGGAUAUCAAUUGAAGAAGAUUUGAUUGGACUUAUUGAAGACUAUGGUCCAGAGGCAUUUCCAUUCACCAAAAAGAGAAGAGAGGAACUAAAGGCUAUAGAUGAUGCAAAGCGUGAAGGUGGAAAACUUGAAGAGCUUCUAGCACAUCAAGGACGAAACCUUCUCAUGUCUAAGGAUGGUAGAGAGGUAUCAGUAUCCGAACUAGUUGGCAAAACCAUAGGCCUUUACUUUGGUGCACAUUGGAGUCCUCCCUGCCGUGCUUUCACUUCCAAGCUUAUAGAAGCGUACAGUGAGCUUAUGACAUCCAAUGAUGAAUUUUUCGAAAUCAUUUUCGUAUCCACAGAUCGAGACCUCAAAGAAUUUGAACUUAACACAUGCACCAUGCCUUGGCUUGUAAUCCCCUACCAUGAUAAAACAAGACAAGACCUUUGCCGCAUCUUUAACAUUAAGGAGAUUCCGGCAUUGGUUAUAAUCGGACCAGAUGGGAAGGCUAUUAGCAUGAAGGGGAGGGCUUUGAUCUCCUUGUAUGGAGCAAAAGCUUUCCCAUUCACUGAGUUGAGGAUCAAAGAGCUUGAAGCAGCAUUGGGAAAAGAAGGAGAGGCAUUGCCUCCUCAAGUGAAGGAUGUAAAGCACGACCAUAUGCUGAAGUUGGACAUGGCCAAAGCUUAUGUAUGUGAUUUCUGCAAGAAGCAAGGGAGGUUCUGGGCGUAUUCGUGUGAUGUUUGUGACUAUGACCUUCAUCCAACUUGCGUAGAUAAGUCCUUUUAAGCAGCUUAUGAACUCGUUACCAUAGAAAUUAAGAAGAAACCUAUGAAGUAUGAAGUAGGAUAUGAUGUACAAGAUUCAAGGUUGGUUCUGGAAUAUUUUUGUUAUCUGUUUCACUAUAACCUUCAUUUAACUUAAUUGUGCAGGAAAGUCAUCUAUGAGAGAUGUAAAUGUAUUGGCUACUCUGGAAUUAGUGCAUUU